CGUCAAUCCAUCCGGUAUUCUAGCUGGGACGGCGCUCCAAAGCAACAAACAAUUAUUAUUAUUGUUAUUGUUAUUGUUAUUGUUAUUAUUGUCAUUUUCGUCUUCUUCCCUCCAUUUCAUCCGCGCCGUCCUUUCAAAUAUGCCGUCAACAUAUAUCAAGCAGGACAUCAUUACUGAUGCAGAUGCGAUCAAGGAGGCGUACAGACCCACCCAUUCUGGGCUUUUUGCGGUCGUCUAUGCUGAUGGUUCCUUCAACUCACAACUGGUGGCGUCCAGGGACUACAGCAAAGGAGAGGUGAUCUGCAAGAUUGAGGGCACCACACCUGGACCGAAAAAGUACACGACUGUCCAGGUCUCGAAGGACCUGCACAUUGAGCUGAAUUCUGACCUCGUAUUCCUCAAUCACUCAUGCAAACCCUCCACCUCUUUCGAUACUGACAGGAUGGAGCUGAUUGCUGCAGUCGAGAUCAAGAAGGGCGAUGCGCUGACAUUUUUCUAUCCUUCGAGCGAGUGGGAGAUGGACCAGCCCUUCCCCUGCUGGUGCGGUGCAAAACAGUGCUGCAAGAGCAUCCAGGGCGCCAAGUACCUGCCGACGGAGGUCAUGGAUCGCUACUUCGUUACCUCGCACAUCCACGAGCUGCUGCAUGAGCGCGAUGCCGCUCAGAAAUGAAGCAUAGAAUAUUGCUGCUGGCAACAAGCCCAGAGACUCGAUCAAACAAUAUAUUACUGACGCCAGAUCCCCCCGGAUGCGCGACUCGAUUAAAUAAUAAAGCAUCCUGCUCAUUGCAUCGUGG